CAGUGUCGUCAUCUUAUCAGGAAAAGAAACACAAGCAACAAGGUGGCGGCGUCGGAAGCCACUAAAAAGGCGUAAUGCCAUUGCUUUUAAUGCCGAGAACAGAAUAUAAACAAUAGUUCUGAAAAGUAAACGCCUUUUUUUUGCGAUAUAACGACUACAUGCGUCGUACAAAAAUACUUGGUCGGAGUUAACUUUUCUCGUGUUCGACCAAGGACGUCCAGCAAGGUGCCGUUACGCGCACAAUGCCGGAUGAGAUGCAAAGCGCUUUAAUCCGGAGCCGAGGUGACGCAGGAGGAUGCGGGCCUCUGGAAGGAUGCGCGUUUGAAGCCGGCGAUCAACUGGUCGGCAUCUUGGGCACCGGCGACUUUUCCCGCUCACUUGCCAGGAGACUGGUGGCUUUUGGUUACCAGGUGGUCGUGGGGAGUCGAACCCCCAAACGCUGUCUAAUGCUGUUUCCUGAAGAGGCAGAGGUGACCUCCCAGCUGGAGGCGGUCAACAAGGCGGACCUGGUCUUCGUUGCCAUCUUCCCAGAGCACUACUCCACAUUGCAGGAGUUGAAGCCGAUGCUGGCUGGGAAGACCUUGGUGGACGUUAGCAACGGCUUGCAUGUCAAGCGAGGCGGGCCGUCCCAUGCAGAACGGCUGGCCGACAUGUUUCCUGAGAGCUCCGUAGUGAAAGGGUUCAACACAAUAUCGGCGUGGGUGCUUCAGACCGGACCUCGAGAUGGAAACAGGCAGGUGUUCCUGUGCAGUGACAGCAGCCAUGCCAAGAGCUCAGUCAUGGCACUGUGUCGCAGGAUGGGCUUCUGUCCUGUCGAUAUGGGGCCGCUCUCCUCUUCUGUGGAGAUAGAAAACCUCCCCCUCUACCUAUUUCCUUCCUGGGGCGCCCCCAUCCUCAUCAGCGUGAUCCUCUUCCUCUUCUUCUACUUGUACAACUUUGUCCGUGACGUCUUGCAUCCGUUUGUCACCGGAGGAAAGAGCGUCUUCUACAAAAUGCCCAUUGAGACGAUCAACGUCACUCUACCCUCCGUCGCCUUGGUGAUGCUGGCGCUCGUCUACAUGCCGGGCCUGUGCGCCGCGGCGCUCCAGCUCUGGCGGGGCAGCAAAUACAAUCGAUUCCCCAACUGGCUUGACAAAUGGCUCCUCAGAAGGAAGCAGUUUGGGCUGUGCAGCUUCCUGUGUGCGGCCAUGCACGCCAUCUACAGUCUCUGUCUGCCCAUGAGGCAGUCGGCCCGCUACAAACUCCUCAACACCGCUUUCAAACAGGUGCAAGAGGGCGUGGAGAACACCUGGAGUGACGGGGCGGUGUGGAGGAUGGAGCUGUACCUCUCGGUGGGCAUUUUAGCGCUUGGAAUGCUCUCUCUGCUGGCCGUCACCUCGCUGCCCUCAGUGGCUGACAGCAUCAACUGGCGAGAGUUCAGCUUCAUACAGUCCACACUGGGCUAUUGCGCCCUGUCCAUGGCCACCAGCCACACGCUCCUCUUCGGCUGGGACCGCGCUUUCGACCCGGGCCAAUACCGCUUCUACCUGCCACCCACCUUCGUUCUGGUCCUCGUCCUUCCGGUCACGGUCCUGCUGGGCCGCCUCGCCCUCCUGCUGCCCUGCAUGGCCCACCGCCUCCAACAGAUACGCCGCGGCUGGGAGAGGAGUCGGUACAUCCGCUUCAUUUUGCCCAAUGAUGGCUGCUACAACGGCCUGGAUGAUGUCAGCAAUGUUUGAUGUGCACUGGACAAAAAGUAGAGCUCUUUGAUCGUGCCAAACUUAGUUUUUUUGCGUGUAAUUUAAAAAAAAAAAAAAAACGAUCACUUCUGUUGACCUUCAAUCUAUAACUGCAGGAUUUUGACUUCUAAUGUAUUCCUUAGUCCUGCUGUUUGCGUCUAACUGCUGCCCUCUACAUGCUCAUGUCGUCUAAACUGGGGUCUAAACUUGUCCACCUAAUUUAAAGAGUUUUGAUUAAAGCCUUUUCUCCUUUUCAAAUAACCUCCUGUUGAGAGAGAUGUCAGUAGCUUGAGUCUCUUUUUGAGGUCACAGACAAACAUUUAUAAUGUGUGGAUGCUGCCAUCUUGUGGCGCUAAAAGACUUGUCACUUGAUAUCUGCUCAGGAUUUAAGCCUCUUUAAUCAGUCCUGGUUUUACCACACCUUCCACCCAAGCCAUAAUGUACUGUACUUGAGCAGGGCAGGCUCUAGAUUUUUUGUGGCCCUAUUUAAGUCUUUUAUAUUACCAGUCACUUCCUCCAGGAACUUGCAACCGCAUCAAUUCAUGCAAAUUUGAAUUAUGUGCGGCCUCUCAACUUUGUCUAACUUCCAUGCACAUUUUGACCAAUAAGCGUCAUUUUAAGCACUCAAAUUUAAAAUCUAUGUCUAAUCAAAACUUAUGUUUGUGUCUUGUGUAGACGACGCAGGAACAACAACGUGUGACAAUCUAUCAACUCUUAAUUGCUCGAACGGCACAUUUGUCGUCCUUCCUUGUAGCUCCGACCUACUUCCUGUUCCUGUCUACAGUGCUAAGCCUUCUGGGUAAUGUAGACUAUAGACAUUUACUUCCUAAUUUACACGUGUUAAUAUAUUUAUCCAACACUCAUUUAUUUUCGGUAAGACAAGAAUUGAAUUUCAUUUGCAAAAAGGCAGCCUUUACAGUAAAUGUUACAGAUCUUAAAGUGUGAUGAUAGUCUUUUUUUUUUAACCAAAGAAAUUAGCAUUUUAGAUCGCCCUCAACAGUUCACAAAUGCACUUGAUUGUGUGUGGGUUACAUAAAUUAAUGUUUAAAAUGGACAAACAUUUUUCAAGAGUAAAACCUACGAAGAGAAUGUCUGCAACUUAUGGACGACAGAGCAGAUAGCAGACAUUAAGGAAGCCUUUAGUCAUGUUUAUUUUUAUAAUCAUAAUUAUUACUAUUGUUACCAUACUAGGCCUACUGAAACCCACUACUACCGACCACGCAGUCUGAUAGUUUAUAUAUCAAUGAUGAAAUCUUAACAUUGCAACACAUGCCAAUACGGCCGGGUUAACUUAUAAAGUGCCAUUUUAAAUUUCCCGCUAAACUUCCGGUUGAAAACGUCUAAAUAUGAUGACGUAUGCGCGUGACGUCAAUCGUUGAAACGGAAGUAUUGGUACCCCAUUGAAUCCAAUAAAAAAAGCUCUGUUUUCAUCUCAUAAUUCCACAGUAUUCUGGACAUCUGUGUUGGUGAAUCUUUUGCAAUUUGUUUAAUGAACAAUGAAGACUACAAAGAAGAAAGUUGUAGGUGGGAUCGGUGUAUUAGCGGCUGGCUGUAGCAACACAACCAGGAGGACUUUGACUUGGAUAGCAGACGCGCUAGCCGACGCUAGCCGCCGACCGCACGAAUGAU